CCGUGCCGGCCCCAACCGCCACGCUGAGGUGACGGAGGUGUCCGUGUCUGCAGGCCUCCAGACCGCGCCUGUCCUCAGCCCGGCCGCGGUGACACAGGGAACAAGCCGGGUCUCCAGCUGUAGGGGCUUGCGGGGGGACCAUGUUGCUGCUCGGCUGGGCGCUGGUAUGCGGCCGUUGAGACUGGGCCCGCGGAGUGGUGGUGGAGGCGGCGGCGGCGGGAGUGCGGGAAGCCGGGACACCCGCAGGAUGAAGCUCAAGAAGCAGGUGACGGUGUGCGGCGGCGCCAUUUUCUGCGUGGCCGUCUUCUCGCUUUACCUGAUGCUGGACCGCGUACAGCACGAACCGGAGCGGCGGCAGAGCGGAGUCAGCUUCCCCAGGAGUCAAAUUUCAGUACUGCAGAAUCGCAUUGAGCAGUUGGAGCAGCUUUUGGAAGAAAAUCACCAGAUAAUCAGUCACAUUAAGGACUCUGUGCUGGAGCUGACAGAAAAUGCCGGUGGUUUCGCUGGCCUGCUUGCUUACCAAGGAAAUGGCUCCUGGUCUUUUCCUGGAGGCAAUCACCCAACCUUUCUGACUGUGUUGCCACAGGAUUGUCAGUUUGCUCUUGGGAAUAAAAGACAACAAACAGACCUGCAGAUGCUGGAUGUGUACUCACUUUUGAAGUUUGAUAAUGUGGAUGGUGGUGCUUGGAAGCAGGGCUUUGAGAUCACAUACGAUGCACACGAAUGGGAUAAUGACCCAUUACAGGUUUAUGUUGUCCCCCAUUCUCACAACGAUCCCGGCUGGAUAAAAACAUUUGACAAAUAUUACCAGGACCAGACACAGCAUAUUCUGAAUAACAUGCUGCUGAAACUACAGGAGGACCCAAAGCGCCGUUUCAUCUGGGCAGAAAUCUCAUUCUUCUCCAAAUGGUGGGACAACAUAGACACUCAGAAAAGGGCUGCUGUCCGCAGGUUGGCAGCUAAUGGUCAGUUGGAGUUUGUGACAGGAGGUUGGGUCAUGACAGAUGAAGCCAAUGCGCACUAUUUUGCAAUGAUUGACCAGUUAAUCGAAGGACAUCAGUGGAUGGAGAAAAACAUUGGAGUGAUUCCCAAAUCUGGCUGGGCGAUUGAUCCUUUUGGACACAGCUCAACCAUGUCUUAUCUGCUCAAGCGAGCGAACCUAACCAGUAUGCUGAUCCAGCGAGUACAUUACUCCAUCAAAAAACACUUUUCAGCCACCAAAAAUUUGGAAUUCAUGUGGAGGCAGACUUGGGACACUGACUCAAGCACAGAUAUCUUCUGUCAUCUAAUGCCAUUCUACAGUUAUGAUGUCCCUCAUACUUGUGGACCUGAUCCUAAAAUCUGCUGCCAGUUUGACUUCAGGCGCCUCCCUGGAGGGCGAAUCAGCUGUCCGUGGAAAAUCCCACCGAAACCAAUAACCAGUAUCAAUGUAGCAGAGAGGGCAAAUUUGCUUUUGGAUCAAUACCGGAAAAAGUCCAAGUUGUUCAAGAGCAAAGUGGUCCUGAUUCCAGUUGGAGAUGACUUUCGUUAUGACAAUGCUCUGGAGUGGGACCAGCAGUUCCAGAAUUAUGCAAAACUUUUUGACUACAUGAACUCUCACCCUGAGCUUCAUGUGCAAGUGCAGUUUGGAACACUAUCUGAGUACUUUGAUGCUGUCUAUAAAAAAUACGGUGUUAGCCCAGGUAGCAAGCCUCCAUCCUACCCUAUCCUCAGUGGAGACUUCUUCACCUAUGCUGACCGUGAGGACCAUUAUUGGAGUGGAUAUUUUACCUCCCGACCCUUCUAUAAGAAUCUAGACAGAGUCCUGGAAUCGCACCUCAGAGCAGCUGAGAUCCUCUACAGCUUUGCCUUAAAUCACGCUCGACGCUUUGGUGCAGACAGUAAAUACCCAGUUUCUGAUUAUAGCUCACUAACAGAAGCUCGCCGGAACAUAGGCUUGUUCCAGCACCAUGAUGCCAUUACUGGCACCUCAAAAGAAGUGGUGGUUGUUGACUAUGGGAUCCGAUUGUUUCACUCCCUUAUGAACUUGAAACGAGUGAUAAUUAAUGCAGCUCACUUCUUAAUACUCCGGGACAAAAGAGACUACAAAUAUGACCAGUCAUCACUUCUGCUGCACAUGGAUGAUAAACGGCAAAAUCAUGACACAUUACCAGAGAAGGUGGUGAUAAAGCUGGAGUCUCUUCCCAGAUAUGUGGUUGUAUUUAAUCCUGUUGAGCAAGAACGCCCCUGUGUUAUUUCUGUUCUUGCUACCUCUGCCCAGGUCAGGGUUACAUUAAUCGAUGGAAACAUUCUUCCCACGCAGGUCAGCGCUGUGUGGAAAUCACCAACCGAUAUGGUAACUGACAUAUAUCAGAUCUCCUUUGUCUGUCGACUCUCUGCCCUGAGUCUUGCUGUGUUUCAGCUGACUGAAUCAUUUAAUUACCGUGCAACGGUAAAAUCCAAUGUGGUCAUCUAUCUGCGCAACAGAGAUGUGACUGUGAGCAAGAAGGAGCCAUUCAGUGUAAAGAUCUUGGAGUCAUCAACUGAUGAUUUCUUUAUCGAAAAUCAGCACAUGCAAGUGUGGUUUAAUGGAGUGACAGGAUUAAUGGAGACUAUCAAACGGAAAGAUGACCAGCAGAAGCAGAAGGUGCGGAUGGAGUUCAUGUGGUACGGGACACGGUCAUUUAAGGAUAAGAGUGGCGCAUAUCUCUUCCUUCCUGAUGGUGAAGCUAAAGCCUAUGUUUCCAAACAGGCUGCGAUCACCCGCAUUACCAAAGGUCCAUUGUUCUCUGAAGUUGUUACCUUCUAUCAACACUUCCACCAGAUAGUUCGUCUCUACAAUCUGCCAGGAGUUGAGGGACUUUCGUUGGAUGUUUCCAUUGUUGUUGACAUUCAUGACCAGAUAAACCGAGAGCUGGCAAUGAGGCUGUCCACCAAUAUUGAAAGCGGAGACACAUUCUACACAGAUUUGAAUGGGUUUCAGAUUCAAGCGAGAAAAUAUUUCCAGAAGUUGCCCCUUCAGGCCAACUUCUACCCGAUGUCAACCAUGGCCUACAUUCAGGAUGAUCGAUUCCGUCUGACACUACAUGCUGCACAGUCUUUGGGUGUGUCGAGUAUUCACAAUGGUCAAUUGGAGGUCAUUCUGGAUCGUCGUCUCAUGCAGGAUGACAACCGGGGCUUGGGACAAGGAUUAAAAGACAACAAAGUGACCUGCAACAGAUUCCGUAUCUUGCUGGAGAAGAGAUCAGCACCAAAUAAAGUUCAGGAUAGUCAGCCUGUGAGCUUUCCCUCCCUGCUAAGUCACAUGACCUCGAUGCACCUGAACCAUGAGGUUCUGGCGAUGCCAGUUACUCCAAGGCCACAGACUGUUCCACCCAUCAGAAGCUGGCGUCCACUUGCAGCUCCUAUACCCUGUGACUUCCACAUGCUUAAUAUGAGGACCUUACAGUCUGAGGUGAUUUCUGCUCCUGGGUUAGAGUUGGCGCUAAUUCUUCAUCGGAAAGGAUUUGAUUGUGGGCUGGAGGCCAAGAACUUGGGUUUCAAUUGCAGUACCACCCAGGGCAAGCUAUCACUGGAGGGUCUCUUUCAGGGCUUGGAUAUUCAGAGCGUGCAACCAGUGUCUUUGUCCCUCCUGUACCCCACUGAGCCCUUCAACAACAGCUUCGUCUCCAUGAGGCCGAUGGAGAUUUCCACAUUCCGCAUCCGGCUGGUUUGAAUAACAGUCCAGCGCUUCCAUACUUAAAGCUAGGAAAUAAGAUACCAACCAGCUGCAGCACAAACUGUUGGUCCUUCAAUCCAUAAACCCCUAGGGGAGGGAGGAUGACGGAGUGGUGGGGCUGAUGUGGUUAGCGCUACAAAACGUGGAACUGAGGACAAAUUUACUGGCAUCUGAAUUUGUGACUCAUGGGUCAGAUUGCAUGUGCAGUGAAAGCACAGCAGUGAAACCCCAUUAUCAAUGCACUUUUAAAAGAAAAAAAGGUGUAGAUACAAUUUGUGCAUAUACCACUACAAUGUAUGAGAGUUUUAUAAGCAACCCUGAUUUCAUUGUCAACUCAACCUUAAAAAUGACAAAAUAGAAUCUUUGGCAUCUGAAAGGAGCAGGGGCUUUGCUUGUAACGCAAAAACCAAGCAAUCCAGAACAAAGAUGAGUGUGAAUGUAACACUGUUGUGCAAAGGCUUUGAGGCAGUCUGCAUAUUCAUAAUCAUUCAAUGGCCAAGUCUGCAAACCAACCUGAGCAGGCAAAGAAAACCUGUGUUCUGAUCUGACUAAUAUGCAGUUAAAAAUCACAACAAGGCUGGCAAUGGACUUCUCAAUGAAGAAUCAUUACACUUGAAAGCAAGACAGGGUGGUCUUUUUAAAGUAUUUUUUCUGUUGCAGAUAGAUGUAACAGCAACUGAACUUAAACUCCUUAUUAGCCAGAGACUCUUGCUUUCUCAUAUAUUUUGUGUAAAUAUCUUGGAGCCAAUACAAUAUGCCGUUAACAUUAGUUAUUACUUUCAAGAAUUGUCCCCUGAGAUUUGACUGAACCUGUACCUGUUCUGGGACACUUAAACACGUUGGCUUCAUUCAUACACAUUUCUUAGGGUAUGUGUGCAAUAAUCUCUCGUUUUGCUGCGUGUUCUGAACUUAGUGGCGGAAAGAAUCACUUUGAAAUAUUCGCAUUGGAGAGUAAUAAUCUGCAGAAAUGUGAAUGGAGACCAAAGUAGAAAAUGCAACCACUGACCUGAUUGAGGGAAUGCAAGUUGGUGUUCUGGAAUGGCUGUGCCACUGCUAUCAAAGUUCUCCAACUGAAACAUUCUUUCAGAAUGUUGAAGGAUUCACUUUGUGUGCUUUCAGCAUUUCUAUGUCUGGUUUUCAACAUUCAGGCAUUCUUCUUUUAGUGCAAUGUGAUCAAUUCAUCUCUCUUGUCCUUGUGCAGUAGCCCUGAAAUCAACAUUUCUGAAGGUCUGCCUUUUACAACAAAAGGGAUUUGAAUGUUUUGGAAGUGAUCAGUUGGUUGUCUUAAAAAGAAUGUUGACAGCUACCGUGGAACAUUUGGAUAACUGACUGUUGGAAAUUCCUAACAUAAAAUGAAGAAAAAUCCUGCGAACAUUUUGGAAAUAUCAUGGAAAUAAUUAGACCUGAAAUUAAAACUACUGUUGAAUUGUUUUUUUUUUGCAUUGUAAAUUUAUCAUGUUCUGAGUAAAACAUCAGUGUCAAAACACACCUGUGUAUUCUUGAAAUUAAUUUAAUCCAGCAAUGUGAAACAACUUUUUCCAUGCACUGAUCAUAACUGUUAAUUAAGGUUAGUAGUAGGUGUGAGCAGUUGUGACAUACCUACUCGAGCUAUGGGGAAAAUACCAAUGAGCCAGGGACUCAGUCCCUCCAGGAUGUUUAGGGGACAUACUGAGUUAUAUAGCACUGUGGUGGUACAUGAGAAAAGGGGCAGCAGGGCUGUCACAGGUAUAGCAUGCAGGUUAUGAAUUAAGAUUGGGCUACCAAGGUCUUGUGGCACUGGUAGUGCUCUAGCAUUGGGCUAGGUAGGUGGUUCAAAUCCCAUCUGCACCAGAACUGUGUCAUGACAUCUCUGAAUAAGUUGAUUAGGGAAAUACCUGCAAUUAUAUGCUGCCAUGACACUGUGCAUUCAAUGUAUACACCUUUGCAGACUGUUUGCUAUUGUCAUUUGUUCUUAUUGUGACAUCCUUUAGUUUGUAAGGAUUAUUUUGCAGAAAUCUAAAACUGUGUUUAAUAGUAUAUGCUCCUGACCUACAUCAGGUUCACCUUUGUUCCAUAUGUAAAAGGUUUUGUUAUACUGAUUAGACCUGGAAUGUCUUCAGCUUGUGCCCUACUGCGUUGAGAUUGAAGAAUUGUCCACUUGUCAGAUAUCAAAAUUUCUGUUAAGAGGGGGAGAAAAACCCAACUGCUGUAAAUUCUAAAUUCAAAGUCAUCAAAUAAAACAUUACAGAAACUGA